AUGACUAAUACAAUUCAAAAUGUAUCAUUAUGUGUUGAUAAUAUACAGAUCCCUUCAAUGAUAUCGGAAUUAUCAUGGAUGAAUCAAUCGGAUUUAUGUUCAGGAAUAACAACUAUGAAGAUGACGGAGACAACAGAAAUAGCGACGACAACGAUGACAACAGCAACAACAACAACAACGUCAUCAUCGUCAACUUCAUCUACAUCUUGUAGUGAUUAUCAUUUUGAUGGAUCACAUCAUUUACAUAUGUUAUUUCGAUAUCCUCAUAAAUAUAUAGGAAAAAUUCCAAAAAAUAUACCUAAAUUAAAACAGAAUCAAGAAUCAGACUUAAAAUAUCAUCAAAUACAAUCCAAUAAUGAUUUACGUAUAAAACUUGAACGUGAAUUAUCUCAAAAAGUACGUCAAGCUGUAAAAACUCCGCCACGUGAACGUAUUAUUCGUAGACGUUUAAAUGAAUUUCAUUAUGAAAUAAAUAAACGUUUAAAAAAUGAAGAAAAGAAAAAACAACUUGUUAUACAAAUGAAUGAUAAAUUAAAUUUCAACGUAACAACAAAUACUACUAAUACAAAUAUAAGUAGUUUAAAUAAUAUGAAUAAUAUAAAUGUGAUGGAUUUACGUAUGCAUCCAGAAUCAUAUUAUCAACAUUUAAAUUGGUCUAAAAAAUCUAAUAUAAACAUGAAUAGUCAAAGUAUAUUAUGGAAUAAAAAGUCUGGAUUAUCAAAGAAAGAGAUAAACAAUUUAAUAUUUAUACCUGUUACCGAAAAUAAUCAUGAAAAUAGUUACUAUGAUAAUCAAAUUUCUCUAGAUAGUAAUGAAGUGCAUAAGAAUGAAGAUAAAUCUGAUAGUAAUCAAUCAUCAUUAUACUACUUAAAUAACAAUUCUAUUAAAUCCUAUUUACAUAACCAUCAUUCAUUUAAUAAACCACUCAAUAAUGAUUCAUUUAUUAAUUGUAUAUCAAAUAAUACUACUUAUUCAAAAUAUCUAAUGCAUAAAUUACAUAAUUAUAAAAAUACCAUUCUAAACUUAAAACAAUCCUUAUUACCUAUUUCAUCUAUUCAUUCAUCAACUUCUAAUCAUUUAGAAUAUAAUUAUGAAUAUGAUCAAUUAUUAAAUGAUACAUUUACAUUUGAUUGGAAUAUAAAUGAAUCAAAUGUUGAUCGGGAUCAAUCUAUUGAUAAUGAUCAUAAUGAUGAUCGUAAUGAUGAUGAUGAUGAUGAUGAUGAUUUGGAUCAUACUAUAACUAAUCAUAUACAUAAUUAUUAUCAAAUGAGAUCUAGUUAUUUAACUGAUGAAGAUAUACAAUUAAUACAUAAAUAUUAUGAGAAAUUAUAUAAGAAUAAGAGGAUAUUAGAUAGAAUGAAUAGAAAAUUAGUAAAGAAUCAUUUAUGUACACGUCAAUCGAUUAUGGAAAAAUUUGGACGAUUAACUGAUGGUGAAAAACAAUUGUUUUAUUUCAGUGGUACUAGAGCAGCUUAUCUAAUGGCUACAAUUCAAUCUCAAUAUAAAUUACCUGAUGGUACACAAUAUCGUUUAAUGAAUCAAUCAACUAAUAAACCAUUAGAUUAUGUAAUAAUCAAUAAUUCAUUUAUUGAUCAAACGAUAAAUGAUUCUUCUUCUUCUUCUAAAGUUAAUAAUUUUAAUAAUCAUAAUACCCAAACAACAAAUUGUUCAUUCAAUACACUUCCUACAUUGAUCGAUUGGAAUGCAGUUGUUCGUGAUAGACAUGGACCAUUUUGGCCACAAAAUUAUGGACCCAUCUGUCAAACAUUAUCUAAUUUACAUAUAGAAACAAACAAUUCGAAUAAUUCUAAUGUUAAUAAACCAACCAUUUCUGAUUACACUGAAGAGAUUAAUCAACUAAAAAACAAGCAACCUUAUUUCAAAGAAAUACGAGUUAUUUUCGAUUCAGAGUGUAGUCCUUGUUUAUCAGGAACACUGAGCACAUCAAUAUCACCUUCCUUGAAUAUAAAACAAUUAGUUGAAGAGUUAACCAACGUUCAACAAUGGACACCACCAUGUUUAGUCUUUGAAUCGAGAUUUGAAUCAGGAAAUCUACGGCAAGUUAGACGAAUAGGACCAUUUCAUUAUGAAUUAUUAUUAAAACCGGAUCUAUAUACAAAACGUCAUGUACAAUGGUAUUUUUUUCGUGUACAAAAUAUACUUCCUGGUUUUAUUUAUACAUUUCUUAUUGUAAAUUUUACAAAACCAACAAGUUUAUAUUCACAAGGUUUACAACCUUUAUUGUAUUCAAAAAUGAAUUAUCAACAAAAUGGUAAGAAAUGGAUACGUGUUGGAAGAAAUAUCAAAUAUACACGUAAUACAAUGAAUUUAUCCAAUCAUUUACUUGAUACAAAUAGUGAAUAUUAUCAAUUGGAAUGGGAAAUGGAAUUUCCUUAUGCCAAUGAUAUUUGUUAUUUGGCCUAUUCCUAUCCGUACACCUAUACAAAUUUAAAAUUUGAUUUGAAUGAAUUACUUAUUAAAUCAAAUGAAAAUGAAACAUUGAAUAAAACAGUUAAUUGUGAAGUAUUAUGUCAAACUAGAGCUGGCAACUCAUGUUUCCUGGUUACAAUUACUGAUCAAAACAUACCAAAUAAAGAUAAAUAUGCAGUUGUAAUCACUGCUCGUGUUCACCCUGGUGAAACCAAUUCUAGUUGGAUAACUUAUGGAUUAUUGAAAUUUUUAACAAGUAAUCAAUCAAUUGUAUUAACAUUGAAAAAACAAUAUACUUUCUAUAUUAUACCAAUGUUAAAUCCUGAUGGAGUAAUUGUUGGAAACUAUAGAUGUUCACUAACAGGAAGAGACUUAAAUCGUAAUUAUCGUCAACCAAAAAAAGAUGUAUUUCCAACUGUAUGGACAGUGAAACAACUUGUGAAAUGGUGUAAAAAAACAUAUAAAGAUGUUAUUUAUUGUGAUAUGCAUGGACAUAGUCGACGGAAUAAUAUAUUCAUGUAUGGUUGUGAUCCAUUAUAUAGACAUUCUAAAAUAUUUAAUAAUACUAAGAAAUCUUUACAUGAAAGAAUACUCCCAUAUAUCAUAUCUCAACAGGCGACUUCUUAUUUUUCAUUUCCAAAUUGUCGAUUCACUGUUCAUCCAAGUAAAGAAUCUACAAGUCGAGUGGUAUUUUGGAGAGAAUUUGAAGUGAUCAAUAGUUUCACAUUAGAAGCAACAUUUAAUGGUUCAACUUUACAAAAUAAUAGUUUAAUGAAAUUUGAAGUGGACGAUUUUAUAAAAAUGGGUGAACUAUUAGGAUAUUCAUUAUAUAAAUUUUAUGAAGUAUUAUGUAAUCCAUUAAAACUUAAAGAAACUCUAAAGAACUUAGCACAGCAAACGCUUACCAAUUUAUGGAUGACAAAAAUUCCAUUGACACCUGAAAAUACAAUAGCUGAAGAACAUAAAGAUAAUCUAUCAAUCUUCAAUAAGAAAUCAUAUAAUUUUAUCAAAUCACAAUUAUAUACUACUAAUAAGCAAUUCUUUCAGUCAACUAUUAAUAGUGAUCAAUUUAAUCAUAAUAAUAAUAAUGAUUCAAUAUUAAAUUAUUCAUUAAAUGAUCCCGAUCAAAUUGAUGAUGAUCAAAUCAAUAAUGAUCAAAUGAAUGAUUCGUUGGAACAAUUAGCUAAAGCAAUACAUGUAUUAGAAAAAUCAAUAGAAUUACAUAAUAUUGAAUUGAAUGAAAAUGAAUUAUGUAAUACAAAUGAUAAUGAUAUAAGUUGUACUUCCGAUUCAAAUUCAGAUAGUGAACCGGAAAUGACAAUCACUGAUCAAAAUUCAUUAAAUCAAUAUUACAAUUUACGUGGUGAUCUCAUUUUAACUAAUCAAAUACAAACUAUCCUAUUAGAUCAAUCAAAACAAUUGAAACAGUCCAAUAAUACUGAUCAUGAUAUCACAAGAUCAUAUAAAUUGAAGAAAAGAAAAAAGAAUAAGAAAAAGAAAUUACAAACACUUCAUGAUCGUCAUCUUCGUCAUCGUCAUCAUCCUCGUCAUCAUCAACUCUCUUCUAUACAAAAACAAUCAUACAAAAAUAUUUCAUCGAAUCAAAGUCAAAACAAUGAUAAUUCUACUUCAUUAUCACCACCACUACCGCCAUCAUCCUCAUCGACAUCAUCAUCAUCAUCAUCACCUAUAGAAGGAAAAGGUACAUUAUCUGAACAGAAUCAUAAAGAAAGAUUAAGUAGAAGGUUAUAUUAUCUUAAUAAAUAUACUGGACAAUCAAAUCAUGGUAUACCAUGUUUUGUUGAGAAAAGAUUAUUUCAUCGUUCAUGUCAGCGAAUUCGUACAGUUUGGGAAAAUAUCGACCUGACUAAUGCACAAACAAUACAUGCUCAACGAAAAUUUGUGGAACGAUUUAUAAACAAUUUAGAGACAAAAAUCUCCAAACUAAAGUCUACUGAUAAUGUAACAAAUAUUGAUGUUUUAAAAUAUUUAAAACAAAUAUAUUUGGAAGCAAAACAUCAAUUACAAUUAAUUCAAAGUCAAUUAAUUGAUAAAAAUCAUCCAUACAAAUCAACAAUGAUCCAUGAAACUAUGACAACAAUAACUAAUAAUAUUGGAAUACCAUAUCCUCCACCGUUACCAAAUUUUACUACUACAGGUCAUCAUAUAAAAACACAUUCAGCAAUAAUAACUACCACUAACAACAGUAUAGCUAAACGAAAUAUGUCAAUAGGAGGAGGAGAAGGAAGAAGAAUUGAAAGAAAUAACAAUGAUUUAAUUCCUCGAAGUAGAUCAUGCAAUCUGUUUCUAAGGAAUAAUAAUAAUAUUAUUAAUAAUAAUGGUAAUAGUAAAAACAAUAAACUUCUUGAAUUGCCUAAAAUUAUUGAGAAAAUAUCAGAAAACAAUAUUAUGUAUCAUUCUAGAAACAAUUCUAAUAUCCUUGAUGGUAUAGAUAUGAAAGUUUAGUCUAUGUCUAUAUACAUAUAUCUAAUGACAUUCUUCUCAAUGAUAGGUAAAAGUGUAACAAUAUCACCAUGGAGUUCUCCCCCCUCCGCCUUUUUAUAUUGGUAACAUAUAAUACUUUGAAGAAAUAC